AUGGAGGAACAACCAAUAUGUCGGAUAUGCAUGCAAAAUUCCCUACUCUUGGACUGGAAUAUUCCAGAUCCAUUACCCAAAUAUUUGUGCGAAUAUUGUUCCACUGACUUGAAAAAGGUUCAUCUUUUCAUUGAGAAAGCAAUCGCAGCACAAGCUAUUUUCCUACGAAGUACUACACGCAGUAUGCAAUAUGACGAACAUACUGGAGAAGAGAUAGAAUCGCAGUUGCAUUCCGAAGAUGAUAUCAUUGAGGAAAAUAUUGAGACAAACUUGAAAACAGAUUCCAUAGAAGAACUAACUAAAGAUGAUAACGUAGAAUAUGAAUUAAUAGAAGAUGUAGAGGAGCGUCGUGAAGCUACACCAAAUUUACAUAUCGAAAAUGAAAUGAUUUUAGGAAAAGACAAUUGCGGAGAAAAAGCACUUUCUGAAGAUGAAAAUGUUGAUGAAAUGUUGAUGGUGCCGGUACCAAAUGAAGAUCAGGAAUGUGGUGAUGGGGCGCUCAUAGUUAAUCGGAAUAAUGAAGCAAGUGGGAAAGAAGAUUUCGAAUCAGAAAACAAUGUCGUUAGCAUAGAGCCACAUGAAGCCAAUGAAAAUAUUGUUAAAGUAGCCAAACCAAAAAAGAGGCCUGCAAAACCUGUCAUGUGCUCUUACUGCUCGAAAAUAAUCCAUGAUGUCAACUACUUGAAAAGGCACGAACAGACACACCAAGAAUUUCGAGAAAGAGAAGUGACAUGCCCAAAAUGUGGCUAUAAAACAUACACCAAACAAAGCCUACGCUCGCACAUGGAAUGCCAUAAUGAAAAUCGCGAAAAGAAAUAUAAAUGUGAAUUCUGUGACAAAGCAUUUUUCCAACGUGGUGCCUGUAAUAUACACCGCCGAAUUCAUUUAGGACAAUGCGUUAAAUGUCCAAUAUGCUCUAAGGAGUUUCCACGGCAAGUUGAUGUUGAUGUUCAUAUGAAAUCGCACUCUGGCACUCCUUUAAUACCUAUCAAGCCAAGACAAAGAAAACAUUUAGUCCACUGCAAAGAUUGUGAUAAGGACGUAGAAGGUCGAAAGUUUUAUGAACAUCGAGCUAAACAUUUAAAUCAACCUCUGGCACGUUGCACUCUCUGUGAAAAGGAUUUUUUCAGCCGGAAGACAUGUACCAACCACAUGAAAAAUGUUCACAAACGAACAAAAGAUAAUUAUGAGGAUAUUACCAUGUAUUAUGAAAAAUACCGUAUGCGUUUGUCAUAUAAAAGACUGGUUCAACAGGAGGAAGUGAUACCCAAGACAGAGUAG